CCGCCACCCGCUCUGUCGGGAUUGCCACGGCAACAUCAGCCGUCGAUGACUGACAACGAACUGCUGCAGCUGUUAGGGGGGCCACCAUUAAUCAACCGUAACUUCAGCCACGAUCGACAUAGCGGCACGAACAACAACAGCAACAACACCAAUCAUCACAAUAGUAUAAGCAACAAGAAUAAUAAUAAUAAUAACAAUGGUUUGGGGGCAUAUUUCGGUCAUCACCCUUCUAUAGAUCAGAGCCAGCAGCAGUUUCAGCAACUACACCAGCAGACAGAGCAGGCCUGGAUGAAUCAGAACCAAUUUCUCCAAAACCAGAACAAUCUACGGCAAAAUUCGGGACUCUUUGAUACUCUACAGCAGCAGCCAUCUCAGGGAUACUCCCUAGAUCUCAAAAGUCCGGGUACGCGCAAUGCAUCGGGCUUGGCAAGUAUGCCUCAGAAUACACAUGCUAGCACCGGAUUUGACAAUAUGUCGUCGAACACAAACAACAAUUUGCAUCAUAGUUCGUUGGGUGGAUUACAAACAUCUCAACUUGACAGCCCUCAUGGGUUGUAUACUGGUCACCAGGCGAUGUCUGAAUCUUCGCCGUCUGUUCAGCCGCCGAUUUCUGACGUAAUCCGACGCUCGCUAGCGAGCCCGCGAUCAGUCUCCGCCGCACCCAAGGAAACGCAGGCUCAGAAGUUGAGCUGGAAGGUAUAUGAAGCGAAUAGUCUUGCCGCCUCGAAAGCACAAUCCGCCCCGCCCACCGAUGCCGUCCCCAAGAAGAAAACAGCCAAUAGAACACCAAGCGGUUCCGUUAAGGGCAAGGAUAAGAAAAAGCCAAACGACAAGAAGCCAUACAUUUUUGACUACUGGAGUCAUUCCAAGGAACUCAGACUGUACCUGGCGAAAUUCAUGUCGGAUGAAAUGAUUGAUGAUCUGGAAGAAAUGGCAAAAUGUAUCUACGAGCAACAGCUCGAGGCCAUGUUACCGAUGGACUACAAGGAUAUGUUGUACUUCGAGGAUGUUAUAGUGAGGAUGACCCGAUUCCACGAAGUGUUCCUGGAUUCGAUAGUGUUGCCUGGCAUUGUAUAUAGGCGCACCGGGUGUAUUCUGGGAAUGAACGAAGCCUUCAGCGAGAUGUUAAAGAGGCCUAGGUCCGAGUUGGUGGAUAGCAACAUUGUGUAUUACAUCUCACCAGACGAUUUAUUCGAGGCCGUCAAAAACUUUGUACUCAAACUAGCAUUCCCAGGUCGACCCCAGUCGGUGAUUCACGAUGUAUGCUUUCUACGCCCAUCUAACGAGAGAGUGUACGCACGCUCGCAUGUGCACAUGCAAAGGAAUAUGCACAACAUGCCAGCCGUAUUUGUUGCCAUAUUCAUGCCGUACGCGCACAACAACUGGUCUAUCCCACAUGUGGGUGUCAUCGAUUAAAUUUGAGGCUGUGUUUUCAAAUAGACAGUACUGGAAUUCGAUAUUUACAAUUCCUGAAAGAGC